AGCCAGGAUUCUGUUCAUGACCUUGAGAGUGCAAAAACUGUGAGAAUGGUUUUGCAGUGUUUCAUCCUUCUGGUUUUCUUCCUCGGUAGUAGCCAUGGACAUACUGAAUUCAUUUAUACAACAGAGAAUGAAGUAAAACUGUCCUGCAACACCAACAAAUGGCAAAUAAGCACAAAGUCUGACAACAUAAUUGAUGUGAAUUGCACAGUGAAGUGUGUUCCUGGUGAACCACUCAGACUUAACAAUAUCCAGGAAUUCCGUACAAAUAACGAAUCAGACAAAGUUGAUGAAAAAUUUCCGCUAAUAGCAUCAAGUGGAUUUUUUCGAUGUGUCACUGCUCUGGAUUCUGGUUUCUUGUAUCCGUUCAAACCGUCUCCCAACACUGUCACGUCAUACAUAGUCGCCCCUGCAAAUGAAUCCAUAACAACCAAGUCUGUGGAGAGAUCUUCAGUCGAGCUAACUGAAGGAGAAGAUGUACUUUUAAACUGCAGUUUCAUCUUUACAGAAAGAUAUAACAAUGAGGAUUUCUCUGUUUACUGGAUCAAGACCAUUGAAAAGAACAGUAUCUGUGUGUAUUCUUAUGAUCUUGAAGACGCUUAUGGUAUAGAGUACAAUCGUCAAUGCAAUGUGCAAGAAGAUCUGCUUCACAGACUCUCAAACCAAACUGACGGCAGAAACACCAACCAUAACAUCAGGAUCAGUAACGUAACAGAGUCAGAUGCUGGACAAUAUCUUUGUGCUGUACAAAUGCGCCAUUAUAAUAAAGCAAAAGCAACAUGGAAGAUCAUAAAUAAUGUUACAGUCAGUGUACCUAAAGGAUCUGAGGACAAAGUAUCUGAAAUAGCUGAAAUAAUGACAGAUGUCGCGUCUCUCAUCCGCUUAUGUGUUACACUGCCAAUAAUACUGGGUGUUCCGAUAGCUGUUGUGGUGGUACGUUUAUGGAAAAAGAAUAAAACCUCUCCAAGAUCUCAGACUAUGGAACUGCAAACAAUCCAACAUAGAGAUGAAACUUAAAUGAACUUUGAAGCACGAGAACAACACAGCACUUAGGAAUAAUAAAUCAUUUUAAUUCACAUAAGCAGCAGUUGAGUCGAGUUAAUUGAUUUAACACAACGGGGUUGCUGAUUAGAUUUAUCAGUUAUUUAUGUCAGAUUUCAUUUAUUCACAUGUUAUUUAUCAGCAAACUGUUACUUAUAAGUCCCCUGUUACAGAACCUGAUGGCCUCAGCAAGACCGAAAAAAAAAAACGGCCAAGUGGUUUAUUUAUCUUUUAUACAAACUACUUCAGUCUGCUUGAUGAAGCAUGUACCCACGGAGAAGCAGGCGAGCGACAUGUAGGAGACCCCUGAUUUACAGUAAAUGACAGAGCUGUUCCAACAAACAAACACAAAUACAUUGUGGUCCACUAGAGGGCCAUUUCUGACAUAAAAGUAUAUAUACAAUGUGUAUUGUGUACAUGUGUAAAGUUGUUUUCUGUAAAUUAACAGCAGUCUGAACACUGUUAUCUUUCGAAUAAUACCUGGGUCGCAUUUCUCAUAUCUUUUCCAGAGAUGUUCUUAAGAGGUUUGACAGACUGACAUGGAGAACUGCUCAGUGAGAGCUUUCACACAAUCAGGGACAUGCUACAGCUAGCUACAGAAAUAUAAAUGCAAUUUUACAAUUUAUACCGCUACAGGAAUCUUCAGCCAAGUGUAAUUAUAAUAAAAACGCAAUGACAAUAUUUGUGUUUGCAAAUACUAUUUUCCAGAAACCCACUGACAAAUGCUCACCCUUACUUUUGCAGUAAAAAAAAAGGUUCAGGUUCUCUGUAUGAUGUAGGGAGUGAAGAAGAUUAGAUUAAGAUCGGAUUCAAGCAGGAUUCUUCAAAGCAAGGUCACACACAUCUGAAGUAGAAUGAUUUAUAUGAAGGUAUUUAAAGGCAUGUGAUUUAGUUUUUUUACUGAUCUAAAUUUGAACACAUUACCUAGGUA